CAACUUCCGGUAAGCGACGACGUGGAAGAAAGACCGUCACAGCUGCGUCAACACUUUCGUUUCAUCAACACCAAAAGACCAGAAUAUUUAAUGCUGUUGCAGGGGCAUCUUGAUGGAGUUUGAUGUGCUUCACCCCCAGCUGGUCCACAUUGGUGGACGGUGUUACAGAAAGUACACCACAAAUACUGCCAGCAGAGAGGAAGAUGAAUACAUCCGUCCAUAUCAAGAAGAAGAAUAUGAUGACAGAGAUGUAUACUGUGAUGAAAUCUGUGGUGUUGAUGUCAAUGUUGAACAGACAGAGAAGGGCUACAGAUCCAAAAUGGACGUACCCAGUGCAUAUUUCAAAUUUAUCAUCGGCAAAAAGGGUGAGACAAAAAGGAAACUGGAGUACGAGACAAAGACACAGAUUAGAAUACCAAGGCAGGGACAGGAAGGAGACAUAGUAAUCCAUGGCCAAGACAGGAAAGGAGUAGUGUCAGCCAGAACGCGGAUAGAAGUAAUGGUGGAUAGCGCCAGACAGAGGCUGCCAUUCACCCACUUUCUCUCUCUCCCAGUCAAUGGACAGAAGAUUAAAGACGCUUUCCUGGAUUUUAAAGCAGAUGUUCUGCGUGAAUGUGAUGGGGACAGAGGCAUUGUACCUGCAGUUUUCCAGAACCCAGAUAAACUUCACUUGACGCUAGGCAUCAUGGCACUGAUGAAUGAGAGUGAGGUUACCAAGGCAACAGAUCUUCUGCAGCAGUGUAGGGAAGACCUCGUCAAUCCAAUACUUAAGGGAGAACCUCUGGAUGCUAUAAUUCAAGGUCUGGAGUAUAUGAACGAUGAGCCAGGAAAAGUUAAUGUCCUAUAUGCUAAUGUCAUGCUGCAAGAUGGAAGUGACAGACUUCAGGUACUGGCAGACAGAAUAAAGGACAGAUUCGUUUCAGCAGGCUUACUUAAAAAGGACAGUUACGAACGGGUUAAGCUGCACGUGACACUUAUGAACGCAAAGUUUAUUGGAGACGCUCGUAAAGAGAUAGCGUCAAAAUCCCAGGAUGUACGACAGCAGGAACAGCUUCCGUUUUCUGGUGAAAGGGAAUAUUUUGAUGCCACCAAUGUGUUAAGAAUGUUUCGGGACUACAAGUUUGGGGAACAUCUGAUAGACAGCAUUCACAUAUCCCAAAGAGGUUUUUAUGACAAAGAUGGAUACUACACAGCAGCAGCCAAAGUGCCUCUAACAUAGCACUAGUGAAAAAGAUGCUUCUUUUAUGCCAUCAAAUUUGUGAAGACCAUUAUCAUAACGGGACUCGACAGGAUGUGAUGUCAUCUAGACGUAAUCGUACAUUUUCCAUAAAAUGCAUUGAAAUAGAAGUUUAAAACAGAUUGCAUAAAUUAAUUAAAUAUUAACAGUGCACAUGCAAUAAAAGUCUUUGAAGGUAAAGUCCACUUCUCUUAACAUUGAAAUAAAAAGUCUGGUUUUAAUGAAA